AUGCAAGAACGAGCUCGUUUGGUAGCCAAGAACCUCGAAUCUAGGCUUGAGGCCACGUCCGCCCCCUUCAUUCACAUCGCUCUUCUCUCUCACUCCAUCCAGCCCACAAUGGCACCAUACACGCCCAUUCCAAGCGGCCCGACCGGGUCGAACGCAUCGUCACCACGCCGGCCGUUGUCCUUCCGUUUGCACUCGCGGCGCCAGAGCUUGAUGCCGGAUCCGGACGAGAUGGACCGCGCUUUCGAUGGACCAGGUGACGACGACGACGACGCUCAUGAGGGCCACGCCCUGCUGGGCAACAACUCGAUACCGCAGCAGCCACAGCAGCAGCAGCAGCAGACCCGAUCUGGCACCCCGCCUAUGCCCGGUGACUACGACUUCAACCGCGACUACUUUCUUCCUCCUCUUGAUUCCCCCCCUCCGUUCGAGCCAUAUUCGGCACAGAAUCCCGCGCCCGGCAAUAGCAAUGGCAUCUUACCAUCAGAGCCCGUAGCGCGUCCUCAGCAAGCCCGCCACUUCCUCGGUGGUGUGCUACCUACAGCCUUCCUGCCCAGGAGGGAGGCGCCACACGCCGUGGGGGGUGGCCAGAGUGGUGUGUUUGCCAACCUGUCCGCGCGCCCCGGUGGUCGUCCAAUUGAGCGCCCUGAGGAGGGUGCCGAGUACGCCAACGAGGAAGAGCUGAAAGACGCUCCGCCCUCGUACCAGACGGCAUUGCGCGACGCCGUCCCGCCGUACUGGGACACGACCGUUGUUCUUCCAUCGUCCGCUUCACCCUUUGGGCCUCUCCACUCGUCAAUCAACGGCGACGAGAUCCUCAUCGACGGUAUGCCUUCUGGCAACUUGUUCGGCUUCAUCUGGAACCUCGUCGUCUCGGUCUCCUUCCAAUGGGUCGGCUUCCUCCUCACAUACGUUCUCCACACUACACAUGCGGCCAAGCACGGCUCGCGUGCUGGCCUGGGCAUUACUCUUGUUCGGUUUGGCCUGUCGCUUCGCGAGACGGGUAUCGAGUACCAGGAGACGGACCGAUAUCCUGGCGACUUGGACAGAGACCCCAUCACGGGCGAGUACAAGAAUGACAUACUCGCGGAGGAGCAGCUCAAAAUGUACGGUUCGCAGAGCUGGCCCAUCUCAAUUGCCGACAUGUUCAACCCGGGGUCGAAUGCGACAAUCAUCCUGCACAGCCUCGAAGACGCAAAAGCAUACGCAUGGAAGUAUAACCACUCGUUACUGGACCUGAUGCGGCCACCAGCGAGGGACGUCGGCCGGUCAUACGUUUGGUUCAGCUUCCUGCUCAUGGUGUGCGGCUGGUUCCUGGUCCUGGCGUCGGUCGGCGGGUGGUGGCGCGUGAAGCGCUUCGAACGCAAGCUGUACCAGGCGCAGCGCGAGAGCGAAGCUGCGCAAGCGGCCGCUCGUGGCGAAGUCAACCUCGAGGAGGAGGAGGACGAGUCCCCAGCCCAGCCUGGGCCGCACCAGCUGUCAUACUACACCUCUGCAUUCACACAAGCAGUGAAUGGUGCGCGUGAGAUUCAACAGGGCUUUUUCGGUGCACGAGGACGCCGGCUCAACCGCGGCGACACGCUAUUCGGGCAGGACGAGAGCGAACGAGAUCUGCUCGAGGCGCAGGGAUAUGGUCUCGAACCGAUGGCCCACAAUCGUUCAAGUGAGGACGAUUUUGGGCGACAGAACCGUGGCGGCCUGUGGGGCAAUCAGCGAUAG